GUUUUCGUUGCGUUCUGCUCUCGACAUGUCGGGAAUCGGCUAAAGAGCCUCUACACCGCAAGAUAAUGCUGCUCAAAAUACGGCAUGCCCUGCUCGAGAUAACCAAUCCACCAGCCACAAAGCAGUCUGCAAUCAUAAUCAACAAUGAAAUUAUCAUAAGCUCGGGUAGCGUUCUACAGCCCCACUGCCGUGUGGGGACCGAUAUAGACAAAGGCCAGGCGAAGAAUGGAAUCAUUAGCGGACUACAGCAGUGCCAGCUUAUCAAUGCCCAGGAUGAAGAGAGAGGGGCAGGGGAAUUUAUUCGUUCGCUCAAUUUCCUGGUGACCUUUGACCGCCAGAGCCAACGACCACAGCGAAAUGUGGCCGCCAGCUCGAGGCAGAGCCACAUCCUCUCCCGCUACACGGCCCAUCCUCUGUACGUCUUCUGCGCCUCGGAAGUGUCUCGAAAUCUGCAUAAAAUACUGCUAUCUGCGGACUCGGCUGACGACAACUGGGUGCUCCGCUCCAGCUUCGUGGUCCUGAGCAUGCGGCCGUCGUCGGAGAGAGAAUAUUUUCAGCGUUUUCUGGUGCUAAUUGGCAACUAUUUGAGGCACCUACAGCCCUUACACACUCUGGACGAUGUCCUGGUCAUGUGCUCGCCCUUCGGCCUGGAGAACUUUUACAAGACCAUCAGCAUUGGCAAGGUCUCGAACGUCAUGGGGCGCAGCGGCUGCUUGUUUGCUAUUUCCAAUGCACUACCGCUGGGCUGCGAGGGAUCGGCCGUUUUUAACAACAAGUUGCGACUGAUUGGCAUUGUCAUAUGCACUUCUUUCCAGCGGCAGCAGGAAAACGUCAAUCUAACGCUGGCCGCCAAUUUCGGAUACCUUUUGAGGAACUUUAUGGAGCAGCUGGGUAUUCCCAUAACAACAUUUAACCUGGCACGGGAGCCCUCGAGUUUCGCCUGGGAGCGCACAAUUGUUGUAAUUGACUCGGCGGGUCAACAGGGCACUGGCACUUUCAUUACGGUCCACAACAAGCACUUCAUCUUGACCUGUGCGCACGUUGUGGGACAGCCCAAUGCCAAGGUCCACUGUCGCGCAGCUGAUCGAGAGUUCCAGUCGGAUGUGAUCUGGUGCAAUCCGGACUCCAAGCGUCCCUACGACCUGGCCCUGCUGACGGCCCCAGAUGAUGUGCCCGAACGCCAUUGCGUGCGCCUGGCCAAGGGUCCGGCCACGCUCGGCCAGACCGUAUACAACGCGGGUUUUCCCUACUAUGUGAACUUUAACUUUAAGUACGACUUCAAUCCCUCAAUAUUCCAAGGUAGGAUCAUCAAGUGCGACACGGGUGCGAUCAUGUCCGAUGGCAGCGUGCAGGCCGGCCAAAGCGGGGGCCCAAUGCUCGACCAGAACGGAUACAUUCUGGGUGUUUGUGUCUCCAACAUUAAGAUGGACGAUGUCAUCUAUCCAAACAUCAACACAGCCAUUCCCAUUUGUGAUAUACGCUACACCCUGCAGCAAUUCGCACGCACCAAUGAUGUGAAAGUUCUCAACAAUUUGGUUGCCAGCCAGGAUGUGCAUCGGGUGUGGUCUUUGGAAAUGCCGCUCAUUCAAAGCAAACUCUGAGACAAGCUAUUGUGCACCUUUAAACGCUACUAAAACUGUAAUUGAUAAUGUGUUAAUUUAUAAAGUUGCUGGCUCAUUAACGGCGCAGUAAUUAAAGUUAUACCAUAAAUAAGUAA